AUGUUGAUCGUGAAUAGUGACCUCCCAAUCUAUACUUUACGGUUCCCUGGGAUUCGCCUGUACAUCAUCCAGUCCACCACGCUGAUCUCAGCCGUCCAGAAGCAGGCGCGCACUAUCUCCUUCGCGCCAGUGAUGGUGAAUAUGGCGGCGAAGAUCAUGGGUAGCAGCAAGAGGGACCUGGAAAUCAUCGGCCGAGACCCAGUCGCCGACGAUGGCCACAUUCCAGGGAUGCAAAGGGUCAUCCACGGCGCUCUGCGCCCAGGGGUGAAACUUGAUGCCUUGAACAGGAGGACUGCCAAGUUCGUCACAGCAUCCAUUGAUGCGCUUGCUUCCAAUGUCAAGGGGAAGGGGCCCACCACGAUCAACAUGUACCAGUGGAUCAGCCACCAGGUCAUGAUGGCCGUGACGGAGGGCAUCUAUGGGCCGCUGAACCCAUUCCGUGACGACUCGGCUGUGCCAGCCUUCCGGGGAUUCGAGGCGGGUGUCCUCCCGCUCAUCACAAGCCCGUUCCCCUCCAUCAACGCAAGGAGCCACAUCAGAGCUCGUGAGACGUUAUUCAAAUCGUACGUGGCGUACUAUGAAACACGGGGCUAUGAAGACCCUCAAACGUCUGCUUUCAUCCGCGAUAAUCAGCAGUACUACGCCUCUGAGGGGUUCACCCUCGAAGCGAUGGCACGAAGUGAGAUGAUGUCCUCCGUUGCGCUCCUCAGUAACACCAUGCCGGCGACUUUCUGGCUGGUGUAUCACAUCGUCUCUGACCCUGCCGUCCUGGCGGACUGCCGAGAAGAACUCGUCCGGGCGCUGAACCUGGGCGGAGAGCCGGACGGCGAGGCCGCCACUCCUGCUGCCGUACGGAGUAUCGACAUUGACUGCAUCAGACGCCAGUGUCCGAUCCUCCUCUCCACGUUCAAAGAGGUCUUCCGCUACCAUGGCAUCGGUAUCUCAUCCCGCGUGAUACUCGACGACCACCUGCUGGACGACCAGUUCCUCCUCAAGAAGGGCAACAUCCUGCUGAUCCCGGGCGUGGUGCAGCACCAGGACCGGUCCGUGUGGGGCGACAACGUGAACGAGUUCUACCACAAACGGUUCGUCGAAGGAGCAACAGGGGGGAGGAAAGGGAGCCGCCGGCUGAACCCCGUGGCCUUCCGCGGGUUCGGCGGGGGCUCGACGUUGUGCCCCGGCCGACACUUCGCCGCCACGGAGAUCAUGGCGUUCGCCGCGCUGUUCAUCCUUCGGUUCGAGUGCAGGCCGGCAUCUGGGGCGGCCGGCUGGUUGGCUCCGAGCGUGGAGAAGACCAACCUCGCUACUUCUAUCCACCAGCCAGACCACGAUGUGGAAAUCGAGGUGAGGCUGCGGGAUAAAUAUAGAGGGAGGUGGGAGGUCAAGCUGUCCGAGUCAGAUGUGCCCAUGGAAGUUACCGCCGAGGAUAUGGCUGCUGUUGAAGUUGGAGUCUGA